AUAUAUAAAUUUUAAUCUUGUUUUAACAGAGACAAUGCGAGGGAUCUCCAGUAUUUGAAGGACUAUAAGCCUGAACGCGAUGACAUCAAAUAUGUACGAAUUCUUCUGUACGGACCCGUCGGAGCUGGGAAGUCCAGCUUCAUCAACUCUGUCAGCAGCGUCAUGCGAGGCAGAAUGGCUAUUCCUGCUUUGGCCAGUUCAACUACCUCUGAACAAAGUUGUUCCAAAAAAUAUGAAACUCAUAAAAUCCGGAGUGGAAGAGGCCAGUCAAAGACAUAUUGUAAUUUUGUCUUCAAUGACAUCAUGGGUCUGGAGAAAGAGGGCGGAGUUCAUGCUGAAGACAUCAAACUGGCCCUGAAAGGACAUGUGAAGGAAGGCUACAAGUUCAACCCUGCAUCUCCUCUGACUACUAAGGAUCCAGGCUACAACCCAAGUCCCUCAGCAGAUGACAGAGUUCAUGUUCUGGUUUGUGUGCUUUCUGCUAACUCAGCAGAAAUUACAGACUCAGUUCUGAAGAAGAUGUCGGCAAUCAGAGAGGUAGCUAGUGACAUGGGGAUUCCCCAAAUGGCAAUAGGCACCAACAUUGAUUUAGCCUGUCCUGAAACUGAAAAGGAUCUGAGGAAUGUGUACAAGAGCAAGUACCUGAAGAAAAAGAUGAAUGACUUCAGCGCUGCAGUGGGAAUCCCGAUGAACUGCAUCUUUCCUGUGAAGAACUACAGUGAUGAAAUCGCCAUGAAUGAAGAUAUCAACACUCUGAUCCUGAGUGCUCUGAGAAAAAUGAUCGACUUUGGAGACGACUUUAUUGACAAAUGAAUUU